CUCGCCACGCCCACUUCCUGCUCCAUCCCGCGCCAUUCCCGGUCCCUCUCCCGUGAACCGGAUGCGCUGUCAGUCUCCUCCUCUGCGUCCUUAGCCUCCACCCAGCUCCCUGGAGAAGCCGCUGCCACCCCGAGGCCUUGGCCCAGAGAGGCUGCUGGCGGCUGGCCCGGCGGGCGCGGGCACGGUAGGAGCUGGGCGCGCACGGCUACCGCGCGUGGAGGAGACACAGCCCUGCGGCCAUGAGUGCCAGGGCCGCUCCUUCACGCCGGAGACAGGCGGGCCGCCGGUUGCGCUACCUGCCUACCGGUAGCUUUCCUUUCCUCCUCUUGCUGCUGCUGCUCUGCAUCCAGCUCGGGGGCGGACAGAAGAAGAAGGAGAACCUUUUGGCUGAAAAAGUGGAGCAGCUGAUGGAAUGGAGUUCCAGGCGCUCGAUCUUCCGAAUGAAUGGCGACAAGUUCCGGAAGUUUGUAAAAGCUCCACCUCGGAACUACUCCAUGAUUGUCAUGUUCACUGCUCUGCAGCCUCAGCGGCAGUGUUCUGUGUGCAGGCAGGCUAAUGAAGAAUAUCAAAUCCUGGCUAAUUCCUGGCGUUAUUCAUCUGCUUUUUGCAACAAACUGUUUUUUGGAAUGGUGGACUAUGAUGAAGGGACAGAUGUUUUUCAACAGCUCAACAUGAACUCCGCUCCCACAUUCAUGCAUUUUCCUUCAAAAGGCAGACCUAAGAGAGCUGAUACUUUUGACCUUCAACGAAUUGGAUUUGCAGCUGAACAGCUAGCAAAAUGGAUUGCUGACAGGACGGAUGUUCAUAUUCGAGUUUUCCGGCCACCCAACUACUCAGGCACCAUUGCUUUGGCCCUGUUAGUGUCACUGGUUGGUGGCUUGCUUUAUCUAAGGAGGAACAACUUGGAGUUUAUCUAUAACAAGACUGGUUGGGCCAUGGUAUCUCUGUGUAUAGUCUUUGCUAUGACGUCUGGCCAGAUGUGGAAUCAUAUCCGUGGACCUCCAUAUGCUCAUAAGAAUCCACACAAUGGACAAGUGAGCUACAUUCAUGGAAGCAGCCAGGCUCAGUUUGUGGCAGAGUCACACAUCAUUCUAGUACUGAAUGCUGCUAUCACCAUGGGGAUGGUUCUUCUAAAUGAAGCAGCAACUUCCAAAGGGGAUGUCGGGAAAAGACGGAUCAUUUGCCUCGUGGGAUUGGGCCUGGUGGUCUUCUUCUUCAGUUUUCUACUUUCAAUAUUUCGUUCAAAGUACCAUGGCUAUCCUUAUAGUGAUCUGGACAUUGAGUGAGAAGAUGUGAUUUGGACCAAGGCACUAAAACUCUGUACCCUCAGCUUUUUAAUUAAAUGAAGCCAAAUGGGAUUUGCAUAAAGUGAGUGUUUACUGUGAAGAGAAGCUGUUCCUGACAUAUUUGGAAUUCUUGAGGUUCAUUCUUUGUUGAUUGUGAUACACUAGCUUACUCUUGUAUAAUUUUUUUAAACUGUGGAUUUUCCUAAAACAUUUAAUUUAUAGAAAUGGAUGUGUAACAUUCCAUAAUCCGCAAUGGACUAUCAAAGUGUUUUUAAAUAUUCUCAAUGUAUGCCACAGGAGUGAAAUAAAUGACAUUGUAACUAUGAA